AUGCUGGGAAAGCAGGCUUGGCGUUUCCUCACAAAUCCCAACUCUCUGGUUGCGAAAGUUUAUAAGGCACGGUAUUAUCCUAAUACUUCUUUUGUGGAUGCAACUAUAGGAAAUUGCCCAAGUUAUUGCUGGAGGAGUAUUAUGGCAGCACAUGAUACUAUUAUUGCUGGCGUGCGAAGAAGAAUAGGUAAUGGUAAAGCAACCCUAAUUUGGGGACAUCCAUGGUUACCUAAUGAUCCUAGUCCUCUGGUCCAGAUAGAAAUGCCCAUGGAACUAAGAGAUGCCUUGGUAGUUGGAUUAAUUGAUCAGCAGACUAAUACUUGGGAUCCACACAUCCUUUUUGAUUUAUUUAUCCCAGAGGAUGUGGCCAGGAUAUCUAGAAUCACUGUAAGCCCGGAUUAUGAGGACUCAUGGUAUUGA